GCGGGCGCUGGAGGAGCGGACUCGCGGAUUCGGAGGCGGGGGCGCAAUGGAGGGACCGGAAGAUAAUGGAAGUGUUGUCCAAGUUGGAGAAUUACUGCCUUGCAAGAUUUGUGGAAGAACAUUUUUUCCAGUGGCAUUAAAAAAACAUGGACCUAUUUGCCAGAAAACAGCCACUAAAAAACGGAAGACCUUUGAUUCAAGCAGACAGAGAGCUGAAGGAACUGAUAUUCCAACAGUAAAACCUCUUAAACCUAGGCCAGAACCACCAAAGAAACCAUCUAACUGGAGAAGAAAACAUGAAGAAUUUAUUGCCACCAUAAGAGCUGCUAAAGGCCUUGAUCAGGCACUUAAAGAGGGUGGCAAACUCCCUCCUCCUCCUCCACCUUCUUAUGAUCCUGAUUAUAUUCAGUGUCCAUAUUGCCAGAGGAGAUUCAAUGAAAAUGCAGCUGAUAGACACAUAAAUUUCUGUAAAGAGCAGGCAGCACGUAUUAGUAAUAAGGGCAAAUAUUCUACUGAUACCAAAGGCAAACCAGCUUCUCGGGCACAGUAUAAGCCUCCUGCACUUAAAAAGUCAAAUUCUCCUGGAACCUUAUCAUCAGGAUCAUCGCGAUUACCACAACCAAGUAGCACUAGCAAAACUGUUGUAGGUGUAUCUUCAGGUAAAGUGUCAUCAGUUAACAACUCUUUGGGAAACAAACUUCAGACCCUAUCUCCUUCACAUAAAGCAAUAGCAGCCCCUCAGGCAGGUAAGAUGGACAAGUUAGGCCCUCCACUUCGAACUGGAAGACAUGUGCAAAGGUUGUAUGACAGUGAUACAAAGUCAAACAGUGCCUUCAAAAGACAUGAGUUAUUACCCAUUUACAAAGCUAACAUCAAACCUCGAAAUUCUACACCACCCAGUUUGGCAAGAAAUUCUGUGCUUAUGAACAAAAGAAAAGCAUAUAGUGAUAGCUCCGCAAUCAGGCCAGAUGGAGACUAUGCAUCUUCACUUAAUGGUGGAAGUAUCAAAAGCACUGAAGGAAAUUCAUCUGGACACUUACCUAAAUUCUGUCAUGAAUGUGGGACAAAGUACCCUGUAGAAUGGGCAAAGUUCUGCUGUGAAUGUGGCAUUCGAAGAAUGAUUCUGUGAACAGAAUCCCAAAAGAACAAAUUCCAGCUUCAGAGCUUUAUAAUUAUUGCUGCUUGGACAGCUAAAGCACUUCCUCUAGUUAUUUUGUGCUGAAACUGUUCAAAAACCUUGCUCCCAUAAUUUUUGAAGCAUAAUUCUUUGGUUGUACAUAUGUAUAUAUAUGUUGUACAUAAUAAAUACCUGAUAUCCCAAGCUGUGCAAUUCAAGAAAAUACUCACUUAGCUAUCAGAAAAUAGUUCCAUCUUAUUACCGUGGGUAUUAUUCAUCUUUUGUUGUUAAAGCACAUUCACUAUACCUCCACAAAUACUCUUACCUUUAGCCCUUCAAGCUUUAGGAUAAUCACAACUUUGAGCAAACAAUAGGAUAAACAUUGUUAUUAUUGAUGCCUGUCUUCAAAUAGCAGGAUGGGCAACUGUGGAUUUUGUAAUUGAAGAGAAUGUUUUAAUUAUUAUCAGUUGAUAAGUCAUAUUCCUGUUGAACUCUUGACAACUAGUUUUAUGAAAUACCUUAGGUUUAUAUUACUCCGAACUUUGUAGAUUAUUAAUUGUAUAAUUUAUGUUUCCUCCAUCCUGUAAAAAUAAUUAUGGAUUUUUUUCAGAAACACAAUACUAAAAUUACAAUGUAUCUUACAACUGAAUAUUUUUUUCAUUUCUGUGUUAUUUCCUAGAUGUUACUGUUUUCUUUUUCAUAAUCUAAAGAAUAGAUUGAACUUCCAACAUAUUUUACAACAUAUACACAAAAAAAUUGUAUUUUCUGUUCAAUUCGUUGACUAAAAGAAUCGAUCAUUGUUACUUUCAGUGUAACAUAAAGUUGGCUAUAUGUUUCUUUGAUGGCUUGUACUACUGUAGUCAGUAAUUCUUUAGUAGUUUAUGAUCAAUCAGACUUGUUAGCUUUAUCUUAUUAUAAAGAUACAAGCAAAAAUUUUAUGAUGUGUUUUUCCUAAAAGAUUUAUGUUAUAUAUUUUCUAACCUCUUGUUUGUGAUUGAUCACAGUAAGGAUCAGUGUAGAAAUGUGUUGCUUGGAAUUUUAUUUCUCUGAAAUGUAUGUAGUUUGUUUUAUUUUGUUAGUUUGGGCAGGAGUUAUAAGCCUAGUGGUAUAGUUAUAAUCAUUUUACUUAUAAUUUUCUGCUGUUUUUAAAAUCAGUUUGGUUCCUAAUUGUUCUGUUCAUUCAUACUGAUAAAAUAAUGCAGCAACUCAAAUAAGUUACAAGGAGUUUAGAAGACUAAUGUACAUAUUAGAUUUCCAUUUGAAAAACUUCUUUUUAUACUAAUUAUAAAUCACAUGAAAAGGAACUUUUGUGUGUAUAUGUGCUGAUAAUGGGACUUGACUCAGAGACCAUCUUCUUCUUGCUUGCUCAGCCCAUUUUUCUUGUGUCUGCUGCUCUACUACUGGAGACACUUCUCCAGUCUGGCAUUUUGCCAGUUAAUUGGAGAGAUGGAAUCUUACAGUUUUCAGACCUCUUGAGUAGCUAGGAUUAUAACGAACUUUUCACUCUUGUUUUAUCUAGGAAUGAACACUAUCUUUCAAGCAUAUAUUUAACACUACAUAAUCUUUUUUUUUUCUGCUCAAAAGAGUGAAUAGAUACAUCAGUUUAAAUAAGACAAAUUGGCACAUGUUUGUUUCUCAGUGAAUUUUACAGUAGCAA